UAUUUAUAACGUCACAUGAAGCGGAUUGGUUUUAAAACUGUUAGUGUGUGUGUGUGUUUAUUUGUGUAUUUGUGAUACUGUCACCAAUAAAGCAUCUAAGCUUCAAUUAGUGUUAGUCAUAACACCAGCCAGGACCCAGGAAGAUACUGUUCUGAGAGACAAAUAACGGUGAACCGGGGUCCCUUCCCUGGAGAGGUUGAUCUUUUGUCGGAAACUUCAAAGGACGGGAUUGUAGUACGGUGUUGUCGUUGUUCAUUGAAAGUGAUUCAUAUUUGAAUAGACACAUUUUAAAAUGGAACCCACGGAUAGUAAUUUCGAUAUCACAGCAGAGUUAGGGAUUGGAGCCUAUGGUUCGGUUUAUUUAAUUCAACACAGAAAACACAAGAAUUUACUGUUAGCAUUAAAGAAGAUAGAACUAGCGAACUGUCCAAUAAAAGAACGUGAGGAGGCGAUGAAUGAGGCUCAUUGUUUAGAAGACAUACACCACGAUCAUGUUGUACAAUUUGUUCAUUCGUAUUUAGUGGAUACUACAUUGUUUAUAGUAACCGAUUUCUGUGAAGCCGGUGAUUUAUCGUAUUUUAUGAAAGAUUUAUUGGAUGAUUAUUUACCGGAACCGUUAAUUAUGGUGUGGACGGCACAAAUACUUGAUGCAUUAGAGUGGAUGCACAAAGAUUACAUGAAAAUCAUUCAUCGAGAUUUAAAACCUUCCAAUAUUUAUCUAACAAGAAAAGGUGAUGUGAAGUUAGGUGAUUUGGGUUUAUCAAGAAUAUUAGAUAAUUCAGAGGAAGAAAUAAAAGCGUGGGUAGGAACACCGUAUUAUAUGAGUCCAGAAGUUUUUACAUAUACUGGUUACAAUGAAAAGACUGAUAUAUGGAGUUUAGGUUGUAUUGUGUACGAGAUGACGGCCAGAGAAAGAGCAUAUGAUGCACCUUAUCUUAAUUUUUUACUCCUCAAAGUCAUAAAUAAUGAUCCUCCAGCAAUACAAGGUAACUAUAGUGAAGAGUUACGUGAGUUAGGUAGAAUCAUGUUAGAGAAAGACAAACAUAAACGUCCUAGUGCUGAGGAACUUCUAGAGAAGGAUUUCGUUAAACAAUACAGGCACAAACGGCCAAUGUCGAUCAUUAAAGAUAUGAAACUUGAGACAUUAAAAGUAACACCACGACAUAUAAUAAAAGAAUUAACAGCAGAACAAGUCGUAUUUAGUCCAAUGUUUGAUGUUAGUACCAUACAAGUUCCAGUAGAUGUCGUGGAGUCUGUUAAAACACUGGAUGUUCCUGAUGGGAAACCUAGGUUCUCCGAUGAAGUGGUGUAUCAAACUGUCCGUGUUCUACCAUAUUUACACUGGGUUAGUCACAAUGGAAAACCUAUCAGUGAGUUACCUAGCCCAGUUAGAGCUCCUAAUAGAAAAAGCAGCCAUAUUGAAUCUACGUUGUGGUAUCCAGGUACUGGUGUUGAUGCACAUGCUGUGAAAGAUAAAACUGUAUUAUUAAAACAGAUGCAAGAUUUACAAAGAAAAUGUGCUGUUGGUAUAGGAGAGGCUACUUUAAUAAAGACGUUUGAAACCAUGGAACAUACCCACAAUCCUGUUGAAUUAAAGAAAAAUCUUCUUGCAGUUCUCGGAGAGAAGAAGUUUUCAGAGUAUGGAGACAGCAUUAUGCAGUUACGUAUCUUAGACUUGGGCAUGCAAAAUUUUGAUUCUGCACGAUGAUGAAGAGUUUUGCUUUAAUAUUGUAAAAUCCCAGGAUGCCUACAUAAAUGCGAUAAUAGGAUGGAUACGAGAAUUCAGAACUUAUUUGACUUGAUUCGCUUGGUGAUCGACAUUCCCAAAUAUAGCAGACUGUGUGUUACUAUGUCUGUAUAAGGAUGCUAGUAGGAUUUCCUCAUAAUGUUACGCUUACUGUGUAAGUGUACACAUAAUAUAAAUAAUUGAAAUGAUUAAUUGAGCGGUGCGGGGCUGAGUGGUGAGGCUAAAUAAUUGUGGAUGAUAGCCUACCUAGACUAUCAACAUCAUUUCCAGAAGAACCUGUGAUGAAUUCUUCCUUGAGAAGUCAGAAACUUCAAAAGAAAACGGAGCCAAUACUAAUCAACAGAAGAUGAUCAGGUCGUAGAAGGAAGUUUUCUUGAAUCUCUUUUUGUAUUCAGGAAAAUAUUAUGAUUAUUGAAGUCACUGGUUGUUAUUUGAGGGACUUUGAUUCGCCUGCUAACCACAAUAUUGUGAGAGUUGGGUUUAUAAUGCUAGGUUCCCACUGCCGUGUGAUGCGUUACGGUAGGAUUGUCCCUAUUGAGUCCUUGAUCUGCCAUGUGCAAAAGCGUUUGGAUACGUUUCGAUGCGGUCAAUACGAUUGCUGCGACUGACCACAAAAUAAGAAUUGAUAGGAUCACCACGAUUACAACCACGAUUUCAAUCGUAGCACGAAUCGUAAUAGUGGGAAUCUAGCAUAAAAAGAAUAUCAAUGGUUCAAUAUUUACAAAGAUAUGAUAAAUAGAAAGUUUCACAACAUCCUCUACAGAAGAUAUCAACAAGCCAGUGCCACCUAUAAAUGUUGGAUAAAAUAUUUUCAUGGGCCUCUACCGUUGAUGUUUAUUCCGAUUGAAUCCAUGUCGGAAGAUUAUCUGCGGUGGAUGUUUAUUCCGAUUGAAUCCAUGUCGGAAGAUUAUCAACUGUUGAUGUUUUUUCUGAUUGAAUACAUGCCGGAAGAUUAUCUUCCGUUAAUAUUGUGGUUUUGUUUUCUCUAUGAAAUGUUAAUUAAUCAAUUUAAGUACAUUUUGGUGUUGACUAAACUGUGAAAUUGUCCGAAAUAGCGAGUUUAAAAGGUCAUUUAUAGAAAAAUGAAAUAAUUGAUUUGUUGUGGAGAUAAAAAGGGAGAUAAUAACGUGUAACAUCAUUUUUAUUUAACUUAUUUGGCUUUUAGUGAAUCAUUGUGUUAUUAAUGGGGGGGUUGGAUGGCCGAAUGGUUAGCACGUGCGCGCUGUAUCAUAAGGUCUGUCAUUGAGUCAACUGGCGUGGUUUUGAUUCCUUUGUUUGACCCAAUAAAAAUUUUAUUGAUCAGAAAAUAUGAUGAAUAAAAUUUGGGACAUUAAUUGCUUGAUUUGUAUCUGUUAUUGGUAUGAUAGUGCAUGUGUCUAUUUUAUUUUGAUUGCUAGCUAUUGAUUUUAGCUUUUUGAAAUAUUGCAAUAAGGUGGUAGAUGAUUUAUGAUAAAGAAAUUAAUUUCAUAAUAAAUGAUGGCUUGGUAUAAUCUUCAUUAAGUCUGUCUGUACAUGUAAUUGUCUGUACAUGUAGUUGUCUGUACAUGUAUUUGUAUGUACAUGUAAUUGUCUGUACAUGUAGAGGUAAUUGUAUGAAACACUUUCAAAUUACCAUUGACCUCCUAAUUUGUUAGGCCUUUCAAAGCCAAUUAUAGUUUAAGCCAAAUAACAAUCUUGUUGAAACAUAACAGUGCAACAAACCAUAGUAAUUGUUAUCAAUACAUGGUGUGUUAUUUGAUUACAUGUACAUUCCAAUUACUAAAUGCCAUUUAAAGAAGAUAGUUUAAGUAUUUGAUAAUAAUAGAGUACUAAUAGUAAAGGCUGCUGAUACCUUGUUAUUCUGGUACAGGUGAGCUUGUUUACUUAUUGUACUUGUUAACAAACCGUUAAAAUAAAUAAAUGACUAGCAUUGAAAAGCACUUUGACAAGUAUUCAAACACAACAAUUGACUAGCAUUGAAAAAACAAUUUGACUAGCAUUGAAAACCAAUUUGACUUAUGAGCAGGCCUGGAAAUAACGGUUGUUGAUGUACCUGCCAAAAUGUCAGGCACUAAUGAAAUAGUACCUGACAUUGUCAACUUAGUACCGGACAUGUAUUAAUAAUAUCAUUAAAAAAGACAAAUCAGUGCCGGACAAAAUGACAGACACCAGAGGUUUAGUGCCUGACAAAGCAUGAAUCUGUGCCGGACAUUAUCUGUGACAAGUGCCUAAUUAACAGGCUUGCUUAUGAGGGAUUGCGUUGGUACGGUAAUAGAUAUAUGUAAAUAAUAUUGCUAUUAUUGAAUGGUAUGUAUAUAAUUCACUGUUUAUAUAAAAUGUAAAUAUAUUGUAACUAUAUGUAUCUGUAUAUAUAUAUGCUAGAAGUAGAAAUUGCAAUAUGUUUGUGCAUUAUUUGUCCCUUUUUUUGUUAGAAAUCAGUAACUGUAUGUAAUGAACAUCUAAGCAAACAUUAACUGUAUGUACUGAACAGUUAAGCAAACAGUAACUCUAUGUAAUGAACAGCUAAGGAAAUAGUAAUUUUUUGUACUGAACAACUAAGAAAACAAUAAUUUUAUAUACUGAACAGUGACAUUACAGUAAUUGUGUAUACUGAAAAGCUAAAAAACCCCAGAAUUUGUAUGUACUAAACUGCUAAGAAACCAGUACUUUAAGUACUGAACAGCUAAGAAAACACUACUUUAAGUACUGAACAGCUAAGAAAACACUACUUUAAGUACUGAACAGCUAAGAAAACAGUAUUUUUUGUACUGAACAGCUAAAAAAACAGUAACCGUGUGUACUCAACAGCUAAGGAAACAGUUACUGUACUGAACUGCUAAGGAAACAGUUACUGUAUGUAAUGAACAUGCAUUGAUGUUACUUCAGAUGUUCUAUAUACAUGUAACGGUAAUCAUAAAAUACUGUUUAUUGUACUUUUUUUGGCAUUAAGAUCUACAUGUUAAUUUAGGACCAAUCAUUGAUAUGAGUCGUCUUAACGGAUGGGCACACUGGGCAGUUGCCUUGAAGGCCCACGAACAUAGGAGCCUCAUGCUUAUCUACGUAGCCUAUGUUGUGAUUUACUAUUUAAACAUUGAUUUUAUUGGAAGUACCAAUACAAUAAAUAUAUGUUUAAUUUUAUCCACCAUUUAGCCUAUAUUUGUAUUCGUGUGAGGUUGGUUAUGUAGGUAGGGGCCCAGUGCUCGGCUUUACCCAGGGGCCUGCAACAACGUCAAACUGGUCCUGAUUAAUGUAUGAUAUAUGUGAUAUUCAUGUUAUAUUAUUCCAAGAAUUAUUGAAAACCUAGUCACAUCUUGAUCAUAGAAACUCAAAUCUGAAGUUUUACGUGUUUUCAUUUGUAAUUUAUGAAUUUAUUUACACAAAGUUUUAAAACUGUGAAAAAUUAUUUGAAAGAGGACCAAAUGAUGUGGAUAUAAGUCUUUUUUAAUUCUUGUUCGUGAAUUUAACUUGAUAAGAAAAUUUCAUAAAAAAUGUAUAAAUAUUAAAUGAUUGAUUUGCAGAAUUUAAUAAUAAAAAAUGAUCUCAAAAUUU